GCGUCGCACCGCCGCCAUGGGGGAUAACCGCGGCUCCGCGACGCGCGUGUUCGUCGGCGGCUUAGCGUGGGCCGUGGACAGCGCGAGGCUCGGGCAGCGCUUCACCGAAUUCGGCCCCGUGGAGUUCAGCAAGGUCGUGUACGAGAGCGGAGGCCAGCGACGAAGCCGAGGAUUCGGGUUCGUGAAGUUCGCGACGACGGAGGCGAGAGAUCGCGCGGUGAAGGACGGCGACGGCAUGGAGUUCGACGGGAGGAGGGUGAACGUCAAGGUCGCGGACGACAUCGACGGAUCAGACCAUCAGAGACCGCCGCCGCCGCGCGGCGGGGACGAUCGCGGCGCCGCGCCUCCGCCUCGGUAUCCGCCUCCUCCCGAGCGAACGAUCCCGCCGGGCCCUCCCGAGCGCGCCAUGGACUACCGCGGCGGCGAGCGACGACGCGACGACUGGGGCGCCCCGCCGCCGCGGCGGGCGUCCUACGACGAACCGCCUCCGAGGGAGCCGCACUACGGAAGGGGGGACGACCCGCGCGGGUACGACGCGCCCCCGCGCCGCGAGCCGUCGUCGUCGUACGAUCGGUACGAACGAUACGACGAUCGACGCGCGUUUUCGCGUCCUCCGUCGCGAGACCGAGACGAGCAGCGCGGAGAGCGCGGAGAGCGCGGAGGCGACCGACGCGACUGGCCGCGCGACGCGUACGACGACAGACGAGGACCGGAGAGACCGCCGCCGCCGGCGGGGUACGACCGCGCGUACGACCGGGACCGGCCGCCGCCGAGGGGGGCGCCGCCGCGGUCGCCGCCGAGGGGGCCGCCGCCGCGGUCGCCGCCGAGGCGCGCCGCGCCGACGCCGUACGAUCGCCCAUGGUGAUAUGAAUGAUAAUGAUACAUUACAUGA